UCACCGCUAUCAAAACAAACACGAUCUAGAUAAUGACUGCCCUUGAAACUUUGCCGAAAUAAAAGACGGAAUGGAGAUUUUUGCGUUCAAUACCGUUUGGAAUAUUAUAAAAACCUUACUUAUACUGUUUCUGUUUUCCAUUCUAUAUGAUUGGGUCCAGAUGCUAAUAUGGAAGCACAAAUACAAGAUAAAAGGUCCCUUCCCCGUUCCUGUAUUUGGAAACUUGUUGACCUACAUCAUGGCCCCUGGUGCCGAUCAUCAGCGAAAACGGAUUGAAAAGUAUGGAGAUGUUUUCGGAGGACCCUCAGGCUCAAUGAAGGCCUUGAACGUUGCCAACAUUGAGUUGCUGAAGAAAAUCAUGAUCAAGGACCACGUUGAGUUCCAAAACCGAUAUGUUUUCCCAGGUGCAUUCGAUCCUCCACCUGCAGAUAAAACAUUGUUAACGAUGGAAGAUGAGGUGUGGAAACGCGUGAGAAGCAUUAUUACCCCAAGCUUCAGUGCCGGAAAACUGAAACAGAUGACCAAACAGAUGAAUUCCUGCGCUGAACUGCUCGUUGCUGGCCUUCUAGAAAAGGCAGACUCAAGGGCUGUCAUAGAUCCAAGAGUACAUUUUGGCUGCUACACCAUGGACGUGAUCGCCAGUAACGCUUUUGGAAUUGUCACUAACGCCUUCAAAAACCCCGACGAUCCGUUUAUUUGGCACGCGAAAAAGAUAUUCUCUACGCCAGUCUUCAAUCCAAUUUUACUUUGCAUGCUUUUGUUCCCGCGCAUUAUGAUUCCAAUUACAAACCUGUUUAAGUAUAGUGCUUACUACCCGCAAGAUUCCAUGGACUUUUUCCGUGACGUUUCAGCUAAAAUCAUUGAACAACGAAAACAAGAUAAUGACACAAGCCGUGUAGAUUUACUCCAACUGAUGCUUAAUGCGGAACACUCGGUCAUUACAGGAUUGUCUGUUGAGGAACUUACUGGCCAGAUGUUCAUAGUGAUUGUGGCUGGAUACGAAACCACCGCCUCCCUUCUGCAGUAUGUGGCGUAUGUCUUGGCGACAAACCCUGACGUUCAGGAUAAACUUAUCGCCGAAAUCGACAACUGUAUCUCUGAAGAUGUCUCGGAGCUGAAGUAUGACGUGAUUCAGGAUAUGCCCUACCUUGACCAAGUUAUCAACGAGACAUUGAGAAUGUAUCCACCACUUGCAGCGAUGAACAGGGCGACCAGCCAUCACAAGGACGUGUUGUUGGAUGGCUAUUGGUUUCCUGCCAACACACUGAUCCAGUACAGCAUUUACAUGAUUCACCAUGACCCUCAACUUUAUCCGGAACCCGAUAAGUUCAUACCGGAAAGGUAUGAUUGGGUCCAGAUGCUCUUAUGGAAGCACAAAUACAAGAUAAAAGGCCCCUUUCCUAUUCCUGUAUUUGGAGACUUGUUGACCUACAUAAUGUCCCCUGGUGCCGACCAUCUGCGAAAACGGAUUGAGAAGUAUGGAGACGUUUUCGGAGGACCCUCAGGCUGCUUAAAGAUCUUGAGCAUAACCAACAUUGAGUUGCUGAAGAAAAUUAUGAUCAAGGACCACCUUGAGUUUCAAAACCGAUAUAUGUUACCAGGUGCAUUCGAUCCUCCACCAACAAAUAAAACAUUGUUAACACUAGAAGAUGAAGUGUGGAAACGCGUGAGAAGCAUUAUUACCCCCAGCUUUAGUGCCGGAAAAUUGAAACAGAUGACCAAACAGAUGAAUUCCUGCGCUGAACUGCUCGUUGCUGGCCUUCUAGAAAAGGCAGACUCAAGGGCUGUCAUAGAUCCACGAGUACAUUUUGGCUGCUACACCAUGGACGUGAUCGCCAGUAAUGCUUUUGGAAUAGUCACAAACGCCUUCAAAAACCCCGAUGACCCGUUCAUAAGACACGCGAAAAAAAUAUUUGCAACGCCAAUCUUCGACCCCAUCUUGGUUUGCAUGUUUUUGUUCCCGCGGAUUAUGAUUCCAAUUACAAAACUAUUUAAGUAUAGUGUUUUCUACCCGCAAGAUUCCCUGGAAUUUUUCCGUGACGUUUCAGCUAAAAUCAUUGAACAACGAAAGCAAGAUAAUGACGCAAGCCGAGUAGAUUUGCUUCAACUGAUGCUUAAUGCGGAACUUCAUGAUGAUGAAAUCGAGAGCGAGUUCACGAAAAGAUUGUCGGUGGACGAGCUUAUUGGCCAGAUGUUCAUAGUGAUUGUGGCCGGUUACGAAACCACCGCCUCCCUUCUCCAGUAUGUGGCUUACGUCUUGGCAACAAACUCUGACGUCCAGGAUAAACUUAUAGUCGAAAUAGAAAACUGUAUUUCUGAAGAUGUCCAAGAGCUGAAGUAUUACGUGAUUCAGGAUAUGCCCUAUCUUGACCAAGUUAUUAACGAGACAUUGAGAAUGUAUCCACCACUUACAAAGAUGAACAGGACGACCAGCCAUCAUAAGGACGUGUUCUUGGAUGGUUAUUGGUUUUCUGCUAAUACUGCGAUCAUGUACAGCAUUUACUUGAUCCACCAUGACCCUAAACAUUAUCCGGAACCCGAAAAGUUCAUGCCAGAAAGGUUUCUUCCAGAAGAAAAAGCUAAACGUGAUCCGUUCACCUUCAUACCGUUCGGACAUGGUCCUCGUAACUGUAUUGGCACGCGGCUUGCUCUCCUCGAGGCGAAAAUUGCCCUGGUGGCUACUUUGAGGAACGUCAAGUUCUCUCAAGUCCCAGAAACUGAGGUGCCUUCGGAAGUUAUCACUCACGAGGUAUUCCUGCGACCAGUCAGACCUGUCAAGGUUGGGGUGGAAAGACGAUCCACCCCUCAGCCUGGUGCCGAUCAUCAGCGAAAACGGAUUGAAAAGUAUGGAGACGUUUUCGGUGGACCCUCAGGCAGCUUAAAGUUCUUGAGCAUAACCAACAUUGAGUACCUGAAGAAAAUUAUGAUCAAGGACCACGUUGAGUUCCAAAACCGAUAUAUUGUCCAAGGUGCAUUCGAUCCUCCGCCUACAGAUAAAACAUUGUUAGCGCUGGACGAUGAGGAGUGGAAACGCGUAAGAAGCAUCAUUACCCUCAGCUUCAGUGCCGGAAAAUUGAAACAGGAUGUCUCGGAGCUGAAGUAUGACGUGAUUCAGGAUAUGCCCUACCUUGACCAAGUUAUCAACGAGACAUUGAGAAUGUAUCCACCACUUACAAAGUUUCUCCCUGAAGAGAAAGCCAAACGUGAUCCGUUCACCUUCAUACCGUUCGGACAUGGUCCUCGUAACUGUAUUGGCAUGCGGCUUGCUCUCCUGGAGUUGAAAAUCGCCAUGGUGGCUACCUUGAGGAAGGUCAAGUUCUUUCAAGUCCCAGAAACUGAGGUGCCGUUGGAAGUUAUCACCCACGAAGUGUUCCUGCGACCGGCCAGACCUGUCAAGGUUGGGGUGGAAAAACGGUCCUCCUCGCAAGUCUAA